AUGUCUAAGGAGCUAACAACCAGCCAGACAGACAGACAGACAGACAGACAGACAGACGGACAGCUUACCAGCCAGACAGGUAGUCAGACGGACUGCCAACCAACAAGCCAGACGGACGGACAGCAUACCAGACAGAUAGCCAGACAGACAGACCAGCAAGAUGCCUGCAGAGAAUGUACCAGAACCGACAAAGACCAACGGUGUGACGAAUGGGGGGGGAUCAUCACUGAAGUAGAGGAUGAGGAGGACGAUCUCAGUCCAGAUGACCUGUCAGAGUUGCUAGCAGAGGGAACAAAGGAGUCCCACGACAGAGCAGAGAACUGCCAGUUUGUGAAAGACUUCCUCAGGGGACGCAUCCAAAGAGAACUGUUUAAGCGGGGCACAGCUGCCCUCUACUUUGUGUAUACUGCCAUGGAGGAGGAGAUAGAGAGGAACAGGGACCACCCCCAGUUUGCCCCCAUCUACUUCCCCACUGAGCUGCACCGACGUGAGGCUCUGGCCCAUGACCUGGAGUACUUCUAUGGAGAAGACUGGGAGAACCAGGUCACCUGCUCCCCGGGCACCCAGCCAUACGUAGACCGCAUCCACGAAGUGGGACGUGAAGACCCGGUCCUGCUGGUGGCCCACUCCUACACCCGCUACAUGGGUGACCUCUCUGGGGGUCAGAUCCUUAAGAAGGUGGCACAGCGGGCGCUGAAGCUGCCCUCUAGUGGCGAGGGGCUGCACUUCUACCAGUUUGAGGGCAUCCACAGCGCCAAGGCCUUUAAACAGCUGUACAGGAGCAGGAUGAACGAGCUGGAGAUGGACCAGGAGACCAAGGAGAGGAUCAUAGCCGAGUCUAACCUGGCCUUCAAGUUCAACAUGGAGGUGUUCACAGAGCUGGAGGAGGUAGGGAAGAACAUCAAGGAGGAGGUGUUGGACGCAGGGUUCCCAGGACAUGGUCAUGGGGACAUGGUCGGAGACGUUAACAAGUGCCCUUACUACGCUGCCAAAAUGGUGGCCAGUGGCAACACUAACUUUGCCUGUCAGUUAGCCAUGCUGCUGCUGAGGCAUCCUGCUGGUCAGAUGGUUCUGGCCAGCUGGGCGGCUGCUGUCGCCGGAUUGGCUGCCUGGUACCUCAUGUGAUCUAUCACGGACAGAUUCAGCCAAUCAUAUGUUUUAAAGGACGGAAGACUCAACAAGGAAAGGGUGGACUUUUGGAGGAGAAUGGCCAAGCUUUGUCUACAUUUAGGAACUUCUGCCCUCCCUCAAUCCUUUUCAUCCUUUGUUUCUCUCACUCCCUUCGUUGCUGUGUUGAUACCACCUGGUUGUUGUAGUAAUUAUGUUACUGUAACCUUGUGGGGUAUGAACCAGUCUUUUAUGAAUCUUUUCACUGCCUACUUGCAGAUUAUCUUAUUCAUAAUGUCCUCUUCAGUACUUAUCAUCUGCAUUAUUCUGCGUAUCAACUCUGAAAAGUUACAUUGUUCAAGUUUCAUUUAUGUCUGUAAGUGUGUAUUUAAACUAUACUGUACUUGCAGUACAGUGUAUUUUAGGCAUAUAUUUAUGCUGUAAAUGUUGCAAAGAUUUUAAUCUUGUAAUUAUGUAAUUUCAAUACCUGUCCACUGUAUGCAAUGCUGAUAAAAAAACAUGUUGACAAAUGUGUUUUAUCACGCUUUUGUAUUCCAAGAGAUGUAAUGGGAAUGUUGCCUAUGUCAAACUGUAGA